AUGCCUCAUGCAUUAACUAUGAGAGGCGUGCUCUCCCGCAUAUUCUCGUAUUCGACCAAGGGAAGCAACGUCGUUAAUGCCUGCGUGUGCAAAGCGUGGUCAAACGAGGCCCUCAGUGUCAAUUGGUAUGAUAUCGAUGCGUCUGUCUUGAUAAAUAUGCUGGCGCCUCUUGAAAUGGAAUCGCGUCUUCUAAGGUUUUCUCGUGCUAUCAAGGAUGACGACUGGCUACGUUUCGACAAGUAUGCAUGGCGAGUUCGCAAAAUCGCGUUCCAACGGAACAUCAACUACGAACACUCGGUAUUCGACCAAAUCAAAUCACACGCUGCAGAUCCGACUCCGCGCUUGAAGAUAUUGUCGUUCGACAUUGAUGCUCGCCUUCUACACGUGGUCAUAUCCCUGUUCGGCCGUACGUCGGUUCAAUCGCUGACGCUAGGAAAGAACACAGUAGACAACUUUGGGCUUCACUUUGGAGCACACGAAAAGGCCUCAAUGGCGUCCGAAUGCGUCCUCUUCAAGAUGCCCCACUUACGGACAUUUGAAGUCUCAAUGAGUUACAAUGAAUACGAAAACCCCGUGUUGCUGCCACCAUUCACAUCGAUCGUUUGUUCCCUCACUUAUCUUGAAAUCGUCAAAAUACCUGCGUUUUGGCUAACUGACUCCGUCAUCGACGCUCUUGCGAUCCUCCCACGGCUACGUUACGUAGAAUUGGGAAGGAGUGCGGCUUCUUCGAACGCCAGUUUCACGACAGUACCGGACGGGAUCAAAGGCUACUUCCCUUCCCUCGAGAUACUCCACUUCCAUAUGUCCUUCACUCAGGCUAGCAUGUGGGUGUCACUGCCUCAUUUCCCGAAGGCUUUGGUUUCCCUCGCCCUUUGCUCUACUUUAUACGAAAGCGAUGCGGUCGAUUCGCACGGUUGGCCCCAUUUUAUUGAGAUAGUUGGUGCGGAGUUGUGCCAUCUUCGCCAGCUUCAAGUGACUUCCCCCGAUGAUAAUGGACACACACCUCAUCCCUUUGAAACCUUGCGCCCGCUUCUUUCGCUAUCUAAUCUACAACACCUAACACUCAGGACUAAGAGGGGUAUCGAGCUCGAGGAGAAACAACUGGUCACGCUCUUACAGGCUUUCCCACUCCUGGAGUCCCUCGAAAUUCCCCAGUCGACGCUGGUAGACCUUUCUUGUCUCGCCGAGAUUGCCCCCAUCUCCCGUAAUCUACGGGUCUUAGAGCUUAACUGGCAUACUCCACCUUCUUUGGCAACCCUUCCGGACGUGCAAACCCCAUUGUCGCAGUUGAAAACAUUUUCUGGCUCCAUUAGCACCGCAUUGCCUUUGGUUCAAAUCGCGGAAUUCUUGGAAGAUGCACUACCUCCGGAAUGUAGUCUUCCCCCGUACUGGGGGUUUAUCUACGACAUGUGGGCUGCCUUUGCGCGCGUUCGGGAGAAGGACCGUCAACGCCAAACAUGGGGACAUACCGGCCCUGCGGCAUAA